AUGACUGAAAAUUAUGAAAACAAUUUGGGGAGAAUUAAAACAGAAAAAGUUAAAACAAGAAAUAAAACAUUUAAUAAAAAUUAUGGUAAUAAUAGUGGUGAAAGUAAUGAUUCUUCUGAUAAUAAUGAUGAUGGUUAUUUUGGAAGUAAAGAAGAUUUAAAUGAAAGUGAAUUUGGAGUUGAUGAAGAUAACAUUGAUGAUGAUCAUUUAAAUAAUAAUGAUUUUGAAGAAGAAAGUUUGGAAGAAGGGAGGGUUGAAAAUGAUUAUUCAGAUGAAUUUGGAGAAGAUAAUUUAGACAACAAUUAUUUUGAAGAUAGAAAAACAACAAAAAAUUCAUUUGAAAAUAAACAUUUUACUUCAGAAGAAGAAGAAAAUAAAAAUAAUUAUUUUAAUAAAUCAGAAAAAUUAAAUAGAAACCAGUCUAAAUUUCAUUCAAAAUCUAUAAAUGAUAAAAUUAAACAAAAUCAAAAUAACAAAAAUAUUAAAAAUCCAAAAAGUUUAGAAAAUUUAAAUAAAAUUAGACGACAUUUUUCUAUGUUACCAACAAAGAGAAAAAAUACUUUGAGAACGGGGACAUCUUUAUUUAAAAGAAAUUCUUCAAAAGAAUUGAGUAAAUCAGAAGAGAUUUUGACAGAUAAUUCAGAAGAAUAUUUUGAAAAUAAUGAAAAAGAAAAUAAAAAAGAUAAAAGAAUUGAAAGUUUAACAGACCACGCUAAUUGGUUUGAAGGGGAAGUAGAUGAUAAUUAUGAUUCAGAAUUUGAAGAGGAAAUAGAGGAGACUAUGGAAGAAGAAGAAGAAAAUAAUUUAGAUGGAGUUGAAGAGGAAUUGAGGAAACAAUUUUUGUGGCCGAAUAGAAAAUUAAAAAAUAAUUAUAAUCAAAUAAAUCCUCAAAAGGAAGGGAAACAAUUUAGUAGUGAAGAAGAAUUGGAUCAUUCAUCAAAUGAAUAUUUUCCUUCACCUUCUUCUGAAUGGCCUUACAAAAAAGAAAAUAAAAAUAAUUAUCAUUAUGAUAACGAACCUUCCUUUGAGGAAUACGAAAAUUUGUCAGAAAAUAAUUAUUAUCCUCAUGAAAGGAAAAGAGAAAAAGUUCAAAAAAGUGAGGGAUUAGGAAAUAAAAAUAAAUCAAAUUUAAACCAUCGGACAAAAGAAUAUCAUCACCACCAACCAAAUAACAUCCAUCAACAUUCACAUCAUUAUGGAGAAAGAAAUAAAGAUGAACAAUUGGAGAAAAAUAAAUAUUUUAAAAAUAAUUUAUUACCAAAAUAUAAUAAUCCAAAUAAUCAUGAAUAUCAGAACGAAGAAAAAAGUAAAAAUAUUACAAGAGAAAUGUCAGAAAUUAAAAACAAAAAUUCAGAAUUGUCUGACGAAAAUAAACAUAAUAAUAAUAAUAAUAAUAAUCUACAAAAUAAUUUUAUUAAUAAAGAACAUAUUAAAAAUAAUAAUAAUCAAAAAUAUCUUUCACAUUUAAAACAGAAAACAGAUAAUUUUGAAAGUAAAAAUAGCCACUUUAAUGAAAAUAAUUUUUAUAAAAAUUUUAAUGAAAGGAAAAAUGAAAAUGUUAAUAAUAAUAUUUUUUCUGACAAACAAAAUAGUAAUUAUUUAAAUAAAAAUAUUGAGCCUAAAGAUAACAAUAAUCAUUUUGAUUGGCGUUCAUUGGGUUAUAAUAAUAAUAAUUCUUCUAAAAAGGAGUUCGCUAAAAAACAUUUAGUUGAAGCGCAAGAAACGUUAAAUAAAGCAACUAAACAAAUACAAAAUGCAAUGAAUUAUUUGGAAAGUAAAGAAGAAAAAGAAGAAAAAGAAGAGAAAAAUAAUAUUUUAAAUAAAAAUAAUUUAAAAAAUAUUUAUGAAAAUAAUGAAAAUAUGUAA